AUAUUCAAGUGUGAUAUACGAAAUAAAACUUGGUGAAGAUGUAUUUUCUUGUGAAAUUUGACGACGGUGUUCAAUACAUUUGUGAUGAAAAGAAAAUAUCGAAUAGGGAUGGAGAGAAGUGUAAUGUGAAAUACCGAAAUGGUGCUCGAUAUCCCGCCAAAAUUUUAGCUUCAAAUGAUGAUCUCAAUUGCCUUGAGCACUUGAUGAAUAAAGAGGACACUUCUGAGAAUGAAGUGGAAAAUUUGUCCCGUGAAGAGGAAACAAUUUCGAGCCUUUUACCACUGACGGAGUUCAACUCUGAUGAUAAUCCUGCUUAUUCCAACGCAAACAAUGGUCGAAAAAAUCCGAUUGUUCUUAUAACCUUUCAUAUUUCAUGA